CUCUUCCCUCAGCCAGCCUGUCUCCUCUCACGACCCGUCCCUACUACACCCAUAAUUCCCCGCGCCAGGACAAGAUGGACGAAAGCAGCGACCGCCGGAGAACAAUGUUUUGGCAAUAAACCCCCAAAGCGGCGAAUACGGAGAGAAUACAGGCACGUUUUAACCAACUGCGGUCAUGUGUAGGAAACCCUUCUCCUGCAUUCUUCUUUAGACCUACUGCCCUUCUUCUUCCCUGCACAAAGCAACACCUCCACCAUGAGUAUUAUCCAAGACAAAUUAGGCAAUGAGUUUUUGCGCAAUGGUGGCAUGGAUCCCAAUUUUGCACCAGGUAUGCUUAUGUUCAGCCACCUGCCGCCGGUCACCAGCUUUACGCGGCUCGCCUCCCAGUCGGUUAUGGGCGAGCUUCCUCAGGAGAUGAUCCUGAAGAAAGAACGCGACUCUCCCCCAGACCACCAGGGCAAUUUGAACACAGGCGGCUUCCUCCACAGUAUGGGCAUUAAGCAGGAGCGACUAAGCGAGCUGGAUUACCGCAUGCCCCUCUACAGUGGGGGUGGAGGAGUAGGGAUAAACUGUGCUGGAGGGGGCGCGGGGAAAAGUAAUAAUGACAUGCCGGACAUGUCUUUCGCCAACCAUCACCACCAAAAUCACCAGAAUAUGCUCCUUCAUGACCUCAGCCUCAGCAACGUCCGUUCCCUUGGAGAACAGAUGCCUGUAAGACCGGGUAAAGAGCCAAAAGAGUCUGCAGGUAGAAGAGGGCGAAGGAACAACGGGGACGGGCAGGGAGGCAAGGCAAGAAGGAAACGCAACGAUGCUAAGGCCAUGAUGUUGGAUGGAGAAGGAGCCUGCAUGUCCCCCAACUCAAAACCACAUAUCUGUGAGCACUGUAACGCGGCCUUUCGCAGCUCCUACCACUUGCGCAGACAUGUGCUCAUACACACAGAUCGCACAGGUGAGAGGCCUUUCCGGUGCAGUCAGUGUAACAUGAGCUUCAUCCAGAAAUAUCUUCUCCAGCGGCACGAGAAGAUCCACAGUGGAGAGAAGCCUUUUAGCUGUGACCAGUGUAACAUGCGCUUUAUCCAGAAGUACCAUAUGGAGCGACACAAAAGGACACACAGUGGCGAGAAGCCAUAUCGCUGCGAUACAUGCCAACAAUUUUUCUCAAGAACAGACCGGUUACUGAAGCACAAACGGACUUGUGGAGAAGCCAUAAAGAAGGGCCUGGACCCGAGCAUGCUGGAGCUCAGCGAUGCGGAGCUAGGCCAGGGCAGCUAUUCACUCACUCAGGGAAACUCGACCACCUCCGGACGCAAGAGGGCCAAGUCCAAAAACGGGGAGGGCGGCAAGAGGAAGAAGAACGCCUCGGCAUCAGCAGCUUCUUCCUCUGGGGGGAUGAGUAUGCAGGACUUCGACAUGGAGCACCCCUCGGGCUCCGACCCCAACAUGCAGGGACGUACUCCUAAAUUGGUCUUUAAAAAAGCCGGCCGCAAGGGUCUGGACAAGGGCCUCCUCGCUCUGGAAGACACCGCCGACGGACAGAAACGGUUGGGGCAGAAGCACGACUCCAUGGAUCACGUGGAGGUUUCGGGCCUCGAUAACAUGGGUCUGCUCCAGGGGCCCGGGCUCAACAAGCAGGGGCCCACCACCAGCAGCAACUAUGAUGAUGCAAUGCAGUUUGUGAAAAAGCGGCGCUACCUCCAAGCUGUAAACAAUGACUAUGGAGCCGGCUCACUGCACAUGGUAUCCCAGGGCAACAGCGUCAUCCACGGCUCCCUGGGGCCCGAGCCCACGCUGGCCAUGCUGGACACCUCGCCUCUGGAUCUCAAGCACGACAAGUCAGGCAUUCCAGACGAGGUGCUGCAGACCCUGCUCGAGCAUUAUAGCCAUAAGCCAGAGGGGCAACACCACCACGACGUGACUUUCGACCUGUCGGACCACCCGCACCACGUCGACCUCCAGCCGGCGGCCCCCGUCACCCCUGAGCUGGAGGACGACUCCCCCAACGGUGGCGACAAGCAAGCAGUGAUGAGCGAGUACUCGAAGUUCCUCCUGCAGGCCCUGGAGCGCACCAGCCACAGCGGGCCCUUCCCCAGCCUUGGCCAAACGGGGCCCUUCCCACUCCUGUCCAGCAGCUCCAGCCCCACGGGGCCCCUCUUCUCAGACAAACACGGGUACGCCACAUCUCCGCUGGACUGUGGCUACCCGCCUUCUGUGUCCUCCCCGCUUCCCAUCGUUGCCCCUUCGUCAAACUCCUCGUCGUCGUCCUCCAAGUCCCACUACGGCAUGCUGGUCAGCUCCCCCUCCCAGGCGGGCUACCACCUCAGCUUGGAGCCCACCAGCCACCAGCAGCUGACCCCCUCUCAGGAGCUGACGGAGCAGCUGGAGAAGCAGCACUCCCCGGGCACCUUCAACCUACCUCCCCAGGACCUGACUGCCUCGGCAGACGGAUCCAAGGGGCCGCAGCCCAAGUCCGGAGUGGGCAUUGCACCCACCAACGGCUCCAGCUACCCCGACCUGUCCCCACUGAACACCCCAAAAGAAACCAUGUACCAGAUCGAGAACUUCGCCCAGGCCUUUGGCUCCCAGUUCAAGUCAGGGCGGCGGACCCCUCUGGGCUACGGCAGCGAUCCUGGGGUGGAGGUGGACCACCGAAUACGGACUCCAGUGUCAGAAUUCUCAGGGUAUACCAGUUUGUUAGCUGACGUCGGCGAGCCAGUGAGUACAGGAUCAAAAACCCAGACAAGCCAAAGUUUCAGAUAAGGGUCAAACGAGGUGAAUCCAGCAGGGGGCUCCUGUUACUGUCCAUGCAGCCCCCACACCCAUCCUAAUUUUGUUCUUGUAGCAAAGUUUUGUUUUUUAAACACUGCCAUUAAUUGUUAAUACAAAAUGACCAGGGAGGGUCUUCCAUGGCCUCAAAUGCAAUUUUUUUAAAUAUUCUCAUUUUUAUUAUGUAUUUAGUCGCUUCAUUUUUGUUUAAGAGUAGUGAUUUUGAUAUGAACGUACCGUAGAUUUAAAUGUAAUUUAAAACAUUUAGAGGGUAGCUAUAAACUUACUUUUUUUUUUUUUUUUGGAAACCCUUGUGUUUUACCAAUCAUACCAUUUGUAAAGUAAUAAUGGAUAAUGUUGAUAAUUUCAAUAAUAACAUGUGUGGCAGGGAAAGGCCCAGAAUUCAAAUUGCAAAAAAAGUAUAUAUUGUCUGUUACAAGAAACAUAUUAACUCAGGAAAAAUAGUCAAAUUUGUGUAAUAAGACUUUGUAUUAUGAGAUGCAAUUGGCACAGUUUUUACAGGUGUACUUUGAGACUACAAAGCUUUGAUUUUUUGUUUCUUUUGUACUCGUCGGAACAACAAAUUACAAUACAUGAUGAUGUUUGGUUUCUACUGCGUGUAGCUUUGUUGAGAUUAUGGUACUGUUGUGUCAAUGUGAAGACAUCCACAUUUCUUUAGAGAGCCACAUGUGUACACGAGGUAGUAUGAAUUGUAGUGGAGUUCAGCACACGGCAUCUUUAAGAUAACUUGUCAGCUUUAGGCGUCGGUUAAUGAAUCCCGUCUAACCGCAUACUUCUCUAGUUGUGCCUGCUUUGGCCAGUAGAAAAGAAGAAGCUUAAGACUAAAUUCAUCCCGUUACGGACGUCUCAGAAACAUCAUCCGAGAUCUUUUCCUCAUGCUGAAGUCACCACUUUCUGCUCCACUCUUGCUGUUCCUUUUUUGUGUAAAUGGAAUCAAACAAGCACUUUUUUUAAAACAAAUCAUCAUUGGAAGCAACAACAACCCAUUCAAUUUGCAUAUGUGAUACGUGAUUAUUAUGCUAAUGAUUAUUAAUAUUAUUUUAAGAGGAGAAAACUGUGA